AUGAACAGGAUAGUGGAGGGUAUUAGGUUCUGUCAAGUGAAACAAAUUUUUGCUCCGUACUCACCCCAUGUCUUUAACAGUAGCUUUCCCGGUGUCUCACCAACAGACUGCAAAGGUAAGGAUGACCCAGUUAAGCAAAAAUGUAAGGGAAACACGGAUCAGUAUGGGAACCACCGAUCACCAAAGAUUGUUUCCUUGAAGCAUCACUGGUGGUGGAUGAUGAACACGGUGUGGGAUGGAUUGCAGGAGACUCAUCACAUAUUGGGCCAUAUUCUUUUCAUAGAGGAGGACCACUAUAUAUUUCCAAAUGCUUACCGAAACUUACAGGCUCUCGUAGCUCUGAAGCCUAAAAAAUGUCCUAACUGUUAUGCUGCAAAUCUGGCACCAUCUGAUGUGAAAUCAAUGGGAGAGGCGUGGGAGAGUUUGAUCGCAGAGAGGAUAGGCAAUGUGGGCUAUGCAUUUAAUCGGACUGUUUGGAACAGGAUACAUAGGAAGGCAAGAGAAUUUUGUUUCUUUGAUGAUUACAACUGGGAUAUAACAAUGUGGGCAGAGGUUUAUCCUUCCUUUGGUGGUCCUGUUUACACAUUACGAGGUCCUAGGACAAGUGCUGUUCAUUUUGGGAAAUGUGGUUUGCACCAGGGCCAGGGAGAGAGUGUUUCUUGCAUUGAUAAUGGUGUGGUGAAAAUCCGAGUAGAAGAGGCUGAUAAGGCUGGAAACAUCAAUUCGAAAUGGGGAGUGCAUGUUUAUGAGCAUCAAGCAGGAUAUCAAGCAGGGUUCAAGGGUUGGGGAGGCUGGGGAGAUACAAGGGACCGUGAAUUGUGCUUGGAAUUUGCUAACAUGUAUCGCUUCAGAGAUAGAACUUCUCCUUCCUGA